CAAAGCCGCAAAGUCUCCAACACGCAGGCAAAACUUCAAAGCCGGAGACACUAACUCCCCAAAAAAACGUGUGUGCGAAAACAAAAACAAAACCAAAAAAAAAAAAACAAAAACAAAGCAAAGCCAAAGUUUGCUGCUGCCAAUGCAAACGCCACUUGCGCAGCCGAAGCAGCUCGCGUCGCUGUCGCUUCGUUGGCGCUCGUGCUAUGCGACAGCAGCAGCAGCAGCAGCAGCAGCAUUAGCGGCAAACAGCCGAAGCACAGCAAACGCAGCGGCAGCGCUCAGUCUGUUUCUGUCGCUCGGUACGUUCGGUUGGCAAUUCGCGCUGUGCUCGUUCUCGUUGACGUUGUCGCCAUCGUCGCCAUCGUCGUCGUCGUCUACGUCUUCGUCUCUGUUCGUUGCGCGUGCGCCGUCGCAUCGAUGUGUUGCUGCGGUUGAAUAUGUCGUCGCUUCAGCCCAUAAGUUCAUGCGAGAGUCAAAGUAAAAGCCAUUAAAGCAAAAGAGCAACGAAAAAUAAAAGUGUGCGAAAACAAAAAUGUAACAACAACAACAACGCAACAGCAAGCAAAACCAAACCAAACCAAACUAAUCGACCGACAGUUUAAUACGAGUUUCGUUCUUUUGGCUGCUGCUUCUUCGUUUAGUUCUUAUUCUCUUUUGUUUUUUCGUUGACCAUUAAAAGUGACGCUGUAAUGAAGCUUUGAACGCACAACUACUACGACAAAAGCAAAGUUGAAAAUAAAAUAAAAAGUAAAAAGAAAUAAAAUAACAGCAACAACAAACGAAUUGAGCCGCCCGGUUGAGGAGGCAUCAACUUGAACUUCAGUCGACAACGACUCCGCGGUAUUUUUAGACAAAACACAAGCGAAAAAAACAGCAAAAAAGAGCAAAAAGAAAAUCACAACGCAAUGGGCACCAAGUCACCCGGUGGUCCACAGCGCUGUCGUCUCAUACUGCAGCGCUGCCUGGCCAUCCAGCUGAGCAAGCCGGGCCACACGCCCGAGGACUUUUGGAUGUACGACUCGGGAUAUAUGAUAUUUCAGAACUUCCUGGCGGCCAACGCGCAAUGCUGGUGGAAUGCCCCACUGACGGCGGCAACACGUGCGCUCAAAUAUGCCGGACAUGUGGCGCCUGGAAUGCUGCUGGUCACCGCCGAGCCCUGCGCUCUCGAAGUGUUGCGUGGCGCGUUUGCGCGGAGCGUUCUCAAGCCACCAGCCACCUACAUCAUUAGUUCUGUGGGUGACAUUGACGAUUGCAUUGUGACGCCAACAGUUCAGGGACAGUUCACCCCGCUGCCCGAAGCACUGUGCGAUGUCAUCAUGGACCUCACAGCCGAGGGUCAAUCGGCGACCAUCGAGCAUGUGCGCAGCAAGCUGGGAGUCCGCUUUCCACACAUGACCACGCCCGGCAUGGAGGUCAUCUACGAUACGCUCGCCCAGCUGAUGCAGGAGCAGAAGAUCUACCAGACAGCCAAGGGUUACUUCAUCUUCACGCCAGAACGACGACGCAGUCGCUCGCGACCGCGCAGCAAUCAUCACCAGCACAGCAACAGCGGCAGCUUGGCGUACUCACAGCUGGCGGAGGAGGAGCAGCAACAGGAUGUGGUGCCACCUGAGGCACGCACCAUGCUCAUGUCCAAUGCUGAGGCUCUGCACUCGCUCUACGGCGAAAUAUCCACGGAACGGGACGGUGAUCUAACCCAUCAGUGUAUACAAACCAAUCUGGCGGAUGUCAUCUGUGGUGGCAAUCCCAAUGAUAAGAUCAUCUAUCCGCGUGCGGCCAAGCGACGCAGUGCAUCAUUUCCGACACCGCGCAGCCUGGAACGUCGGCACAGUUUGCGGCUCUUUGGCUCAUCGAAGCGCCUGCAACGCUGCGCCUCCACACGCAGCCUGUCCAAGACCUACGCCCAGACACUCAACACCACGGACAGCAGCAGUUCGGAAUACCAAAGCACAGAUUCGUCAUCACCCAAAAAAGGAUCUUUGCUCUCACGGCUGUUCCGACGCAGCGGACGCGCCAAGCAGCGCCAGAUUGAGACUUAUUCGGCGCAGUUUCCACCUGCCGAAUGGUUCAAUACACGCGCCGUGCAUCUGCACAGUGUGGGCACCCAGACUGCAGAUCACGACAUGCCCGCUGUUCAUACGCUGUCCAAUUCGACGUUCUACGAUGGCUCCGAGCUGAGCCAACGUUCGUCGACGCUGCCGCGCCGCCAUCGCCGUCACAUGUCCAGCGAGUCGACGUUCCUGAUCUCCUCCAGGGACUGCUCGCCGAUACGCCGCCGUUCGCCCGUCUACUGCAGCAGCUCGCUACCUCGCUCCACGCAGUCCAUACCAGCUAGCAGCAGCAGCAGCAGCGCCGUCGUCAAUCACAAUCACAUCAAAAUGAAUCAUUCGUCGGCAACGCUCUCACGACUGCCAAACGGCGCAGCGCCACAACAGAAAACUGCACAAAAAUCGGUGAUUGGCAAGCACAUCUUCGAGAGUUCUUCCCCGGCACGCAGCUCCACGCUAAAGUCCGCCUCAGCGUCGCCGGUGAAGCGGCAAACGGACAUCAACAGUGUCAUCAACGGUUGCACGGACAACAAGCUCGGGUAUCGCAGUCUGCAGAGCAGCGGCCCCUCCAGCCUGGAGUCGUGCAAGACAUCGAUGCUGGCGAGCGGCCCCUCGAGCAUUGACAGCGGCAAAGUCUCGUUCAGCCAGAAGACGAGCGGUCACUCUAGUCUCGACUCCCAAUGCUCCACAAACACAGCCGUUGUGGCACCCACACCCACAACCACAACAACAGGCAGCGGCAGCACACGUUCCAUCCUCCUCUUGAAUGGUUCGCCACGUGGCACGCCACGUCAUCAGGCGAUGCGAGCGCGUGUUGCUGAAGCGCAGGCGCAACGACAACGAGCCAGCACUCCGAGUCGCAUCCUAGAGGAGCUGUCGUAUCCCACAACAACAACAGCGCAGAAUGGAGUGCCCAACUCGAGCAGCAACAACUCGAUUACGCUGCAGGUGACGACGAGCUCCAAUCAGAGCAUUCCCAGCACCAAGAUCUUUGUGCAGAACUCGCCAGUGCGGAGUGUGAUCACGCUGGAGAAUGGCAAAAUGCUGGAGAACUCGAAUGUGUUCAUCAUCAACAACGAGACGAUGACCAACGAGAAGGGCGAGAUCAUCAAGAAGACGCUCUCCAAGCAGUCAACGCCAGCUGCCUCAAACACAGCUUCUUCCAUGCCCAUGGCCACCUCAACACCUGUGCGUCCCGAGUCGGUGCCAGAGCAGCCGCUAAGCGAAACGGAGGCCAACUCGGAGACCUGUGAUUCCAUUUCCUUCAUCAGCGAGAGUUCACCCGAGAACACGGCAACGGAAACGCCUUCCUACGAUGGUGGCAAGUAUGCCAAGAACACCAACAACGAUGCUACCAUGAACAACAGUCGCAAGUUGUGUCUGCAGCUGGCCAAUGGCAUUGCCUACAAGAACAAUGUGCUCAAGAAUGAAUCCCAACCCAAUUCACCCAUUGGGGAGCAACAGCAGCCACUGAAGUUGGCUGCGCUGGCCAAGCAGGACUUUGAGAUCGCUGGCUCGGUGGGGAAUUUGCAUUUCUAUGAGAAGCACUCCAAGGACAAAAUGAUGAACAACAGCAGCAGCAGCGAUCUGAAGAAUCUGUGCUACGAGUCCGUUUGUCAGCUGCAAAAGUGUUCCAUGAAUGGCGAUGAAUUGGCGCUGGCGCAUCUGCUGCAAAAGUCCAGCAAUCCGCUGGGAAGUGAGCCCAAUCUGGCUUUAAAGGAUCAUGCGAACGACAAGGCCAUCGACAAGGAGGCCAUGGAUAGGCGGCUCAGUCUGACCAAGGAAUCGCUGGAGCAGGGCAUGGGCAACGUGCUCAACGCUGGCAACGAAGAGCUCUACAACUUUCCAAGCCUCACGGAUCUGUCCUUCAACUUCACAUCGCUGGCGGCACGCAAAAUACUGCAAGGCGUCAGCCUGAACAGCAUCGAUACCCUGGUGGAGCUGAACAUGGCUGCAGCGGCGGCUGCUGCGGUGGCAGCGAGUAGUGCCCAGGAGAAGCAACAGAAUAACCAGGCGGCAACGACGGCAGCGACUGCAACAGCAGCUUCGGUCUGCACAGACUUUGGCAUGGUCUAGAAGUAACCAAUCGUAGUUGGAGGCGCCUCCGGCCAAACAGAGCAGCUCUGUUUGGCAACGGAUGCCGCUUCAUCCUUAGCAUAAUCAAAACGAACCGUAGAGGAAGCGAGAUAGAGAGAGAGAGAGCGAGAAAUCGAACUGCAUUUGGCAAGCAAAUUUAAUUGCGAAACUCUGUAAUUUAUGUUUUAAUAAUCGACUGUCGAUUCGAUUUGUUUUGUAGCCGCAAUUCUUUUUUUUUAUUUGUCCGUGUGUAUUUGCAAUUUCUUUAAAUAUCGGAAGCAAUUUUAUUAUUUACAGUGCCAAAAUAUGUUUAGUUUAAUUAUAAUGUUUAUAUACUUUGUACGUACAAGUCGAAGAAUCGAUUUCCCAACAACAACACCAACAAACACAACCACAAUCCCAAUACACACACGCAACACACUCGCGAAUCAUCCGGAAUGCAUCUGAAAGAGUUUGCAAGUGCAAUUUAUUUGUAAGUAGAGCGAAGAAGAGAAAAGAGAGAAAGAGAGAGCAGAGCAGCUCGCAGCAUUUUUAUGUAAAGUUUUAUAUUCUUUACCUCUGCUUAGGAUCCCGUGUUUAAUGCUUAGUUCUUGUAUAUUUGUUUAAAGCAAUAAUCGUUUAGACUAACACGCUGAUAAUUGUAACCAACACACAACAAACACACACACCCACACACACACACUCACACACAUACUACGAAUAUAGAAUUUAGCACAUACAGAAAUAUAUACAAUAAUUUUGUACAAGGCCUUAAUUAGUAGAGUCAGCAAUAAUACGAUAAGUUGAAAUCACUAAUAAACAUAUACAAAUUUAUACAAACGA